CCUCCUGCCAUCGUUCUACGACUUUCCCUUAGCGGAGCCGUCGUCCUCAUGCGGCUCUUCGUUGCUUCUGCGCUUCCCUACCGCUUGUUCGGCCUGCCAGAAGCGAGUUCGGUACACGCUGUUGAUCCCAGCCUGGAAAUGAUAACCUGCGUGCAGCAAUCCUGGUUCCGAUCACUAUGAACCGAAGUUGGAAUCAAAUGAUCUUCUCGGCCCUCUGCGCGUCGUCAGAGAUUAAGGGUAGCGUAGAUCUAGGACGGUCGAAUAACAAUUGGGCGCUGCAGCACGCGGGUCUAUCGCUCCGCCUUUUCGCUCUGAAUCCUUAUGUCCCACGUCGGUAACGCGGUCCUUCGCAUUUCCACCGUCCAGCUACCGGAUCAGAUUCGGGACUUUUACGCGAUCCUACGAAGGGCUGGAUGGCACGAGGAAAUUUUUUUUUUCUUCAACGACCAAGAAUAGCUAAGGCACUUGCGCGUUGCCUCGAAGCUUCGAUGGGAAGCUUCGCACUUCUAUGCUCGCCUUCGCCAUACGGACGCCAAGAUCCAAACACGUGCUCACCAGGCCACCACCGGCCGCAAAACGAAAGUGGAGCCAUUCCACUGCAAGGCUGACCCACACGCUCCCACGCCGGAACAACGGGUUCGUUCUUUGUGGAACAUCUGGUAAUGAUCGAAUGCAUUCAAAGGAUGUUUGGACAUUUCGAUCUCAGCCGGAUUCUGCACAUCUCAAGCUUUCUUCGAACGCCCAGCUCAUUACAAAACACGAACAGCAAGUCAUAUCGUGCAAUCGGUUCUCUUGGAGAGUCCUGCAGAGUUUGCAUGCUGGACUAGAAUUUCCUAAUGUGUUCAGCAAAGUGCUAUGACUCGCCUAGUCCCUGAUUUGGGUUGCAAUAUAUUCCUGUAGUAUACACUGCCCGAGCGUGG